AUGGUUGUGAGGAACAUAGUUUCUUGGACUGCAUUGAUUGCGGGAUAUGUGCAAAAUGGAUUUUUUGAAAAAGGGUCGGGCGUUUUUCAUGAGAUGGUAGCUCUGGGGACUCAACCGAAUGCAAUUACACUCAUGAACAUUCUUCCCGCCUAUGCUAGUUUGGAGUUUUUGAACAUGGGGAAAUUGGUUCAUGGUUGUGCUGUUAAAUUAGGGGUGGACUCUGAUAUUUCACUGAUUAACACUUUAAUCGCUCUCUAUGGUAAGUGUGGAAUUGUUGAUACUGCCAGAUCUUUGUUUGAUCAGAUGCCAGUCCGAAGCCUGGUCUCGUGGAAUGCCAUGAUUGCUGCUUAUGAACAGACUAAUGUUGAUCGGUAUGCAAUUAAGCUCUUCCGUAGAAUGCUAAUUGAAAAGGUAGAAUUUGAUUAUAUCACAAUGGUUAGUGUUAUAUCAGCUUGUGCUAAUUUGGGAGCACUCAAUACUGGGAAAUGGAUACAUAAGCUUGUGAGGAACAAAGGUCUUGAAACUAAUGUUUCGAUUACUAAUGCUUUAAUUGACAUGUGUGCAAAAUGUGGAAACAUAGAUUUGGUAAGGGAUGCUUUCGACAAGUUGCCUCAUAGAAGUGUUGUGUCCUGGACUUCAAUUAUAGGGGCCUGUGCAUCUCAUGGGCAUGGGGACAAUGCUCUGAUGCUCUUCACAAAGAUGAAAGAGGAAGAAAUUUGGCCAAAUAGCUUCACCUUCAUUUCUGUUUUAACAGCUUGUAGGCAUUCAGGUUUAGUAGAAGAAGGGAAGAAGCAUUUUGAGAGCAUGACAAAAGAUUACUCAAUCAGACCUGCUGUAGAGCACUGUGCUUGUAUGGUGGAUCUUCUAGGUAGAGCUGGCCAAUUGGUGGAGGCUUAUGAGUUUAUCGAGAACAUGCCAAGUGGACCAGAUAUUGGUGUUUGGGGAGCUUUGCUUGGUGCUUGUAGAAUCCAUGGUAAUCUUGAGCUAGCAGAGCUUGUUGCUGACCGGUUGUGUCAGUUGGAGCCUCAAACUGUUAGUUUUUAUGUCCUUAUGACAAAUAUCUAUGCUGAGGCUGGUAGGUGGGAAGACGUAGCAAGAUUGAGGAAGUUGAUGGAAGAAAGAGAGUUGAAAAAGAUUCCAGGCCAUAGUUUGGUGGAGGUAAACCAGAGGUUUCAUACAUUUUUAUCAGGUUCAAAAUCACGGCCUUUCUAA